ACUAUUGAACAUAAUGGAGAGGAAUCUUCCCACUAAAGAAAAAGCCAAUAAACUAAAAUUAAACAAAGAUGAAUUAUUCGGUCCCACGAGUAAAAGCAAUUCCAAUGACGAAACUUCAUACAACUUUCCUUGACUCUCCAACUUUAACUAUAAUAGUGUUCCUCUUCAAUUAUUGUCUCUCUAUAUUUUUUUUUCUCAAACUGAGCACACGGAAAGUGUUUUUUUACCACCAAAUCGUUCAAGCCUACUAGCAUCCUCAAGUUCAAUACUUGCCGUCAACAUAUUUCCAAUGUCUUCUAUUAGCUCUCAGAAGACCUCCUCUUCGUCAUCAUUUUCACCUUCAACACCUUGGUGGAAAUAUGAUGUCUUUCUUAGUUUUAGAGGUGAGGACACUCGUUCUAGUUUUACGGACCAUCUAUAUGUUGCUUUGAAACAAAGGGGCAUAGUUACCUUUAGAGACGAGGAAAAUCUUGAGAUAGGAAAGUCUAUUUCACCAGAACUCUUGAAAGCAAUAAAAGAAUCGAGAUUUGCAAUUGUCAUUCUCUCAAGAAACUUUGCGUCAUCAACAUGGUGCUUGGAUGAACUUAUAAAGAUAAUUGGAUGCCUAAAAGAGAAGACCACGACUGUUUUACCAAUUUUUUAUAAUGUGGACCCAUCUGAUGUACGAAAACAAACAGGCACCUUUGCCCAAGCCUUUUCUAAACAUGAAGAAUCUUUCAAGGACGACAUAGAGAAAGUGCAAAUGUGGAAAGCUGUUUUAGAAGAAGUGGCAAAUCUCAAAGGGUGGCACCUACUGGAUAGGUCCGAGGCACAACUUAUCCAAGAUAUUGUGGGAGAGUUAUGGCAUAAAUUGAAUUAUGCAUUCUUUGAAGAUACUAAAGACCUUGUAGGAAUAGAAUCUCGAGUGAAGGAAUUGGAAUCAUGUUUGGCUAUAGGGUCUAAUGAUGUUCGCAUAAUAGGGGUUUGGGGGAUGGGGGGAAUAGGUAAAACAACUCUUGCUAGAGUUGUUUUUCAUAUGGUUUCGAGGGAGUUUGAUGGUUGUUGCUUUCUCCAUAAUGUUAGGGAGGUUUGUGAAAAAGAAGGUUUACUUCCAUUGCAACAACAAAUUAUUAGAAAAAUAUUAAACGAAAGUAUACAAGAUGUUGAUGAGGGAGUUUUCGUGAUCAAAAAUAGAUUACGUCAUAAAAGAAUUCUUCUCGUUCUUGAUGAUGUAAGCCAAUUAGACCAGUUGGAAAAGUUAGUUGGGAAGCAUAAUUGGUUUGGUUUUGGUAGUAGAGUUAUCAUAACAACAAGGGAUAAGCAUUUACUACAUACACAUGAAGUAGAUGAAAUAUGCGAAGCUGAAACAUUGAGUGAUGAUGAAGCUCUUCAUCUUUUGAGUUUGAAAGCUUUUAAAAAAGACCGCCCUCCCAAAGAUUACCUACAGCUAUCCAAAGAUGCCGUACAAUAUACUAAAGGUCUUCCUUUAGCUAUUGAGAUUUUGGGUUCCACUUUGUUCAAUAGAGACAUCAAUCAAUGGAAAAGUACAUUACUUAGGCUUAAAAAAUUUCCGGAAUGUGCAAUUUUCGAAGCACUUAAAAUAAGUUAUGAUAGACUACAUGAAACAGAGAAAAAAAUAUUCUUGUAUAUUGCAUGUUUCUUUAAUCAUGAGUACAAAAAUAGUGUAGUGAGUAAACUAGAUUAUCUUGACCUUUACCCUGCUAUUGGAUUAGUGGUUCUAGUUGAGAAAUCUCUCAUAAAAAUCAAUGAUCCUAAAGUGUGGAUGCAUGAUUUAGUGCAAGACAUGGGCAGGAAAAUAGUUCAUGAAGAGUGCCCUGAAGAGCCUGGAAAGCGGAGCAUCUUGUGGUCAUUCGAAGACAUUAAUAGUGUACUAACAAAAAAUACGGGAACAGAAGCAAUUCAAGGCAUAGUCCUAAAGUUGCCUGAAUCAAAAGAGGCAUAUUGGAAUCCUGAAUCUUUCUCAAUGAUGCAUAAUCUGAAAUUGCUCACAAUUGAUAAUGUUCAACUUCUCCAUGAACCCAAACAUCUUCCUAUUGGCUUAAGAUUUCUUGAGUGGAGGGGAUACCCUUCAAAAUCUUUGCCAUUAAAUUUCCAAUCAAAUGAUCUUGUUGAACUUUACAUGUGCUGUAGCCACAUUGAACAACUUUGGAAAGGAGCAAAGUCUUUUGAGAAGUUGAAAAUCAUCCAAAUGAAUGGGUCUCCAAACCUUAUAGAAACCCCUGAUUUGAUCAAAGUCCCGAAUCUUGAGAAAAUGUUUCUUGAAGAUUGUUUAAAUUUACGUGAGAUUCACCCUUCAACUUUGGUUCAUAAUAGGCUUACUCUUCUCAAUCUAAGAGGCUGUGUAAAUGUCAAAACUCUUCCAAGCAAGUUUGAAAUGGAGUCUCUUGAGGUUCUUAUUCUUUCUAGUUGCUCAAAACUAAAAAAGAUUCCAGAAUUUGGAGAAAACAUGCAACAUGUAUUAGAGCUUUAUUUGGGUGGAACUGCUAUUAAUAAAUUACCCACAUCAAUUGGGCAUUUGACCACCCUUGUUUUAUUGAAUGUAAGAGAUUGCAAAAGUCUUACAUGUUUGCCAAGCAGCAUUUUUAAUUUGAAAUUGCUUAAAGACGUGAAUAUUUCGGGAUGCUCGAAACUUGAGAGAUUGCCAGAGAAUGUGGGGAACGCGGAAAGUGUAGAGGAGUUGGAUGUGAGUGGAACUGCUAUAAGAGAGGUGCCUUCCUCCAUUGGUCUCCUAAAAAAUCUUAAAAUGCUCUCUUUCAGUGGAUGUAAGGGGCUAUCAUCAUUUAACUAUACAUCUUGGUAUGAUCUCCUCCCAUUUUCUUCAAGGCCAAAAAUUGCAGAUCCCAUGGGUUUGUCCUCUCUAUCGGGUUUGUGUUCUUUGACUAAAUUGAAACUACGAGACUGCAAUCUCAGGGAAAUCUCUAAUGAUAUUAGUUGCAUAUUCUCUUUAAAAGAAAUAGAUCUAAGUGAGAAUAGUUUUGUUUGCCUUCCUGAUAGCAUCAGUCAACUAUGUAAGUUGGAAAUCAUGCAUUUGGAGAAUUGCACGAGUCUACGAACAUUGCCAAAUCUUCCAGUAGAUAUCAUACGAAUUUGGGGAGAUGGUUGUACCUCAUUGGAAACGGUACUAGAUCUCCAAAAACCUAAUUCUUUUUGUAAGGGAGAGCUUUAUCUUUCAAAUUGCAGUAAACUGGCUGAAAAUCAAGAUUUCAUUGACAUAUUUUUGGCAGUGAUAAGAAAGCACCAUCAGGGACUCUCUCGUCACGAUAGCUAUGAUAAUCGAGAAUACAAUUGGAGAUAUGACAUGAUUAUUCCAGGAAGUGUAAUUCCGAAGUGGUUUAUCCAUCAAAGUAUUGGGGCUGAAGUGAAUAUAAAAGAACCUUCUUCUCAUUUGUGUGAUGACUGGAUGGGGACUGCUAUUUGCGUUGUAUUUUCUUCUCUUCUCCAUUUUUCAAUAUCCUUUCGGUUGAUAGCAAAUGGAAAAGUAAUGUCUGCUAAGUUAGGCACUACGUAUUACAGUUUUGUUGAUUUAUUAUCAGAUCAUAUUUUUCUAUGUUAUUUGCUUCCUCAAUACUACAAGGAGGACAUAAAAUUACUGAACGAAUGUGAAGCAAAUGAAUUGAGUCAGAUUGGCAUUAAAAUUAUUAUUGAAGAUUCAGAGGUGCAAGUGAAGAAAUGUGGGUUCCGUGUGGUAUACAAGAAAGACUUAGAAGAACUCAAUUGAACUAUGGCUUAGAGUAGUAGCACCAGCAUCAUUCCUUAUGAGGACUUGGGUGUUCUCCAUCAUAAUUUCAAGAAUUCGGUAGUGGUUGCGGAAGAUAACAAAGCAAAGCAAAUUCAUGACAAUUUCGACAGGGCUGGGCCUAGUAGAGACGGAAGUUGUAAUGAUGUGGCACACCCAAACAGGAUUGAAAGGCUCCAUGGUGGCUUUGAUUGUGAGGAGUACUUCGAAUGUGGUGAGGAGAUCAAUGAUUAGCAGGAAUCUAGAUGGAAUUGGGAACUGGGUUCAAAUACUCUGUAUGCAAAAGCCUCUAUUGCACAUCAGGCAGAUCAGAGUGACUGCGGGAAAGUACAAAGGCAAGUGUAUCCAAUUCUGGGGGGUUGUGGAUGUUGUUGACAAUUGAGGGACACUAGCAGAGAUGGUGUGGAUGGGGUGGUUUUGGCUAUGAAGCCAAAUCAUGUGAUGGCAAGCUGUUGCAGUUCUUCCAUAUGCAACCAAAUGGCAUGUAGCUAGAUGCCUGACUGUGCAAAAAGCAUCAUGAGGGACUGCUGUUUGCUUUGUAUUUUCUUCUUGUCUUGAAUUUACACUAUCUUGUCAGUUGAUAGCAAAUGGAAAAGUAAUGUCUGCUUCAAUAGGCCGUGAUUAUGAAAUUGUUGGUUUAUCAGAUAAUAUUUUUCUAUGUUAUUUGCUUCCUCAAUACUACAACAAGAAGGAGGACAUAAAAUUAUUGAACGAAUGUGAAGCAAAUGAAUUGACUCAGAUUGGCAUUAAAAUUGAAACUAGAAGUUCAGGCAUGGAGGUGAAGAAAUGCGGGUUCCGAAUGGUAUACAAGAAAGACGUAGAAGAACUCAACUGAACUAUGGCUCAAAGUAGCAACACCAGCAUCAUUCCUUAUGAGGACUUGGAUGUUCUCCAUCAUAAUUUUGACAAUUUGGCAGUGGUAUGUAAACAAGCAAAACGAAUUUGUGACGAUUACGAAGAUGCUGGACCUAGUGGAGAAGGAAGCUCUAAUGAUUUGCCACACCCAAAAAGGAUUGAAAGUCUCCAUGGUGACUCUGAUUGUGAGGAAUACUUCGAAUGUGGUGAGGAGAUCAAUGAUUAGCAGGAGCAUAGAUGGAAUAGGAAAUUGGGUUCAAAUACUCUUGAUAAACAGUGCUGCUACAGUACUGCUACAGUGCGCUACAGUGCUUAUUGUCCCUAGAACAUGUGAAGUGAAAAAAAAAAAAAAGGGUAAAACGCAGCUUGGAUUCAGCGGAAAACGCUGAAUCCAAACGGCACCUUAAUGUACUUGAAAGUUUUUCCACGUUUUUCCACCUUUCUAAAACUUUCACCCUAAUCAAAUUAUUGGCUUAAGGUUGUCCAUACCCAUUUCAGAUCAUUACCAAACCAGGCAGAGCUGAAACAAACCAAAAGUCCUAUCUCCAAAUCGUACCUUAAUUAGAUUAUACCCAGCAAAGAGACUUGACUAGAAUUUAAAUUAAAAGGACAGCAGUAGACGGUGGAGAACCUGACCAUACAACAAACUUGAUUAUAUAUUACUAAGCAUAUCAUCUGAGACAUAUUCAUCUUUACAGUAAUCAGACUCGAGAAGGCAAACAACUGUGUUGGCAAGAUUGAAAGUUGUAGAAGGUAGCCUGCUUAGUGCUUAGAUCGGUAUGCAUAAUCCUCUGUUGCACAUUAGGCAGAUCAGAGUGACUGCAGGAAAGUACCAAGGCAAGUGUAUCCAGCUCUAGAGGGUUGUGGAUGUUGACAAUUGAGGGACACUAGCAGAGAUGGUGUGGAUGGGGUGGUUUUGGCUAUGAAGCCAAAUCAUGUGAUGGCAAGCUAUUGCAGUUCUUCCAUAUGCAACCAAAUGGCAUGUAACUAGAUGCCUAGCUGUCCAAAAAGCAUUAACUGAGGCUAUACAGCUUGAUUUUUGCAGACUUAUUUCAACAAUAUCUAGAGUGGAGGACCUCUUUUUGAGAAAGAAAGUCCCUUGGCAAAUUUUUGUGCUGAUUGAAGACCACAAGUGCUUGGAAGUUGGUGAAUGCUAGUGGUUAUGAAUGUUGUGCAUAAGAGAGUCCUUGCAGAUCUUGGGGCCCUGGCUACUCUUGCUUUCUAAUCUUACAGACAUUUUUGGACUCUACUAAUAGCCAACCAUUCUGACAUUAUUGUAUCUAAAAACCAAACCAGAAAAAAUGUUAUCUUUAUACCUUUUUUGGACUCAUUUAAGCCUUGGGCAUAUGUCUGUGUGCAUUCAUUAACAUUUUAAGACAUUACAUAAGAGAUUUGUUUCUUUGUGUAAAUUCCUGUUAAAGCAAAUAAGAGCAAUUGACUUGACCAUUUAAAAUUGCUUGAGACCAGCUUUUCUUGCCUCAUGAAGCUUGUGCCAUCCUGGGCAUUCCACUGAGUCGUCACUACCCUCCAGAUAAAAUUGCUUGGGCUUACUCCCCAUCAGGUUUGUUCACCACAAGCAGCGCCUAUAAGCUCCUUGUUUCCAGUGAUGCUGUCAGUCAAGCAGGAAGGUCGAAUGUGGAUACUCAAAAACAUUUUUGGAAGGGAGUUUGGAGGCUACAGUUUCCUAACAAGAUUAAACAUUUCAUUUGGCGAGCUUGUAAUGACGCUCUGCCAACUAUGAGCAACCUCUUUCGCAGGCAGAUUACGUCCUCUGAUAGUGUGAACUUUGCCAACUCUGCCCAGAAGAUCCGUUGCAUGCCAUCUGGUCUUGCAAGGAUGUUGAGAGUACUUGGAGCUCAGUUCAAUGCUUCCACCAAUCGAGCACCCCCCAACCCCCGAAUUUUUGUGACUUACUCUCUCGGUUUUUGCAGGUUCAGGAGGAUUAUAGAAAGGAGGUGUUUGCUAUAUCAGCUUGGUUCUUGUGGAAUCAGAGAAACGCUAUCCAUUUUGGCCGACCGGUGCACCCUUCGGUUCAUAUCAUCUCAUUGGCGGGUAACUUGCUGCAAGAUUUCUUGGCUAUUCAAGAACUGGACCCGGUGGUGGCUCGCUCCCCCAUCCUGCAACAAUGGCGCCCUCCGGAGCUAAACCAGCACAAAGUCAACUUUGAUGCUGCAAUAUUCACAGCUACAAAUUCGGCUGGAAUUGGAGUGGUUGUUAGAGACUGGAGAGGUGAAUUUGUUGGCGCGUUUUCUAUCUCUGUGCCGCUGUCUCAUACCGUUGCUGAUAUGGAAGCCUUAGCAUGUCGAAAAGCUGUCGAAUUUGCUGCUGAGAUUGGUCUGCAGGGAGUAAGUUUUGAAGGGGAUUCAGCCAUGGUUAUCAAUGCUUUAAAUCAAGGUAAUGCUGGAUUACCAACCUAUGGAGUCGUCAUUGAAGACAUUCGCUGUCAAGCUAUGGUUUUUCAGUCCUCUGUUUUCAAUCAUGCUAGUCGUUCUUGUAACUGUGUUGCUGAUGCUUUAGCAAAAAAAGCUAAAGGCAGUCGAGGUACCCAGGUGUGGCUCAACGAUCCACCUAAGGAUAUUGCCUCCUUGUUAUUUGAUGUUCAUUAAGUUCUUGUUCUUAUUCAAUAAAAUCCCAGGCUUCUUGUCUGGUUUCUCAAAAAAUAAAAGACCUGACCAUUUAAUGGCUCUAGCCGAGUAA